AUGGCUGCGGGGGGACAUGUUUCAGACGUCUUCAUCAGUCUGCAGCAGGUCACAGUGGACGACGACGCAGAGGCCUCAGGUCCAGACCCCGGUCCAGACUCAGGUCCAGACUCGGACUCGGACUCGGACUCGGACCUGGAGAGGGCUCUGUCCGUGCAGAGGUUCACGACGUUCCUCAGCGCCUCUGCUCCUCAGGGAGAACCCGCGGGACGUCUGUACACGGACCGGGACUAUGAACACCACAGACAGAGUCAGCUCCACACACACCACCCUCUCUCCACCCACCUGCCCCCGCCCCACAGGCAGAGGAGGAGGCUCCACAGCUCCCCCAGAGGCCACAGGAAGAAACGACGCAGGAAAAAGACGUCUGUCCCUCCUUCAAACGUCACUCCCACCAUCCAGGAGGAGGAUGAGGAGGAGUCUGACCAGACCCAGACCAACGAGAGCUCAGUGACAGAACCAGAGUUUAGUUUGGGGAGUCAAGAGGAGCUGGAGGAGCUCGCUGGUACAAGCUCAUUCCACACAGAGGAUGAAGAGCGCCCCCUGUCUGCGGCUGAGAGGGACGCGCAGGACGGAGAUGGACACGCGAGACAGGAGACGACAGAGGAGCGAGAGGAGACGGGCAGCUCUCCGCCCGACUGCCUCCCCUCCACCUCCUCCGGCUCCGGCCUGUGUCUGAGGAGGAAGCCGCUUCACCACCGGGGGGCGCUGUGUCAGAGGAGCAACUACGACCUGAGAGAGAGGACGCGCAUCGGCAGCAUGACCCAGGAGGGGGCGCUGUACACCAGAGUGCCCACGGACGAGGCCGAGGCCAAGAUGCUGGCGUCUGCGGACCUCGACGAUAUGAAGAGCCACAGGUUUGAGGACAACCCCGGGCUGAGGAGGCACUUGGUCAAGAAAUCCUCUAGGGGGCAGCUGUCCAGAACCAGCACCAGCUCCACCCCCCUGUCCAGCCUCAAGAAGAAGAAGAGAGCGGCGGAGAAGAAGACGCACGAGUUGUUCGUGGAGCUGAACGAGCUGAUCGUGGAGCACAGCGAGCUGCGCUGGAAGGAGCGAGCGCGAUGGAUCAAGUUUGAGGAGGACGUGGAGGAGGAGACCGGGCGAUGGGGCAAACCUCACGUGGCCUCGCUGUCCUUCAGGAGCCUGCUGGAGCUCAGGAGGACCAUCUCACACGGAGCCGUUCUCUUGGACCUGGAGCAGACCAAACUCCCGGCCAUCGCUCACAUCGUCGUGGAAACCAUGAUCAUCUCAGACCAGAUCAGAGCCGAGGACCGGGCCAACGUGCUGCGCGCUCUUCUGCGAAAACACACACAUCCCAGCGACAUGAAGCACCGGUUCCAUCGACACCACUCGACCUCCAGCUUCAACCACAACCACCUGGACGCCAGCAGCCUGCCCCUAGUGUUAGAAGAGGAGCAUCGCGAGAAGGGAGCGUACGACCCCAAGCAAGACGUCUUCACCACUCUGUUCACGUCGCUCCACCCUCUGCCCCCGGAGCACCACCCGGCCGCAGCCAGAUCCUUCAAACUGAUGGAGAAGAUCCCCAAAGACGCAGAGGCCGUCAUCGUGCUCGUCGGUUGCGUGGACUUCCUGGAGCAGGCGGCGAUGGCCUUUGUGCGUCUGAACGAGGCCGUCCUGUUUGAGUCCAUGCUGGAGGUCCCGGUCCCGGUCCGGUUCCUGUUCUUCCUCCUGGGCCCGAGUCAGAGCAGCAUGGACUACCACGAGAUCGGGCGCUCCUUUUCCACGCUCAUGUCCGACAAGAACUUCCAUGAGGUGGCGUACUUCGCGGACGACCGGCAGGACCUUCUGAACGGCAUAAACGAGUUCUUGGACUGCAGCAUCGUGCUCCCCCCGUCGGACAUCGAGGGUAAAGAUCUGCUCAAGACGGUGGUGGACUUCCAGAAACAGCUCCUGAAGAAGAGGAAGGAGCGGGAGCUGAAGAAACGCCAGUCCAUCGUCGGCUUCGAGCUGGAGAACAAAGAGGCCGUCCCCGAGGAGGAGGAGUCCGUGGAUCAGGAGAUAGACCCCCUGAAACGUUCUGGGGUCCCGUUUGGAGGUCUGAUCCACGACAUCGGGAGGAGGUUCCCCCACUACGUGAGCGACCUGAGGGACGCUCUGGACAUGCAGUGUAUCGCCGCCGUCAUCUUCAUUUACUUCGCCGCCCUGUCGCCGACCAUCACCUUCGGAGGGCUGCUGGGGGAGAAGACGGAGGGCAUGAUGGGCGUGACGGAGCUGAUCGUGUCCACGGCGACGCUGGGUGUGGUCUUCUCGCUAUUGGCCGGUCAGCCUCUGCUCAUCAUCGGUUUCUCGGGGCCUCUGCUGGUCUUCGAGGAGGCCUUCUACAAGUUCUGCCAGGCUCAGCAGUUCGAGUAUCUGACGGGCCGCGUGUGGAUCGGGUUCUGGCUGAUCGUGAUCGUUCUCGUGAUCGUGGCGGCGGAGGGCAGUUUCCUGGUGCGCUACAUCUCUCCGUUCACUCAGGAGAUCUUCGCUUUCCUCAUCUCCCUCAUCUUCAUCUACGAGACCUUCUCCAAGAUCUUCAAGGUGUUCCGAGAGCACCCCCUGCUGGCCGUGUACCCGAGCGGCGGCCGUCUCCCUGACGACCAGGAGGGGCCGGUGUUUAACCAGCCCAACACGGCGCUGCUGUCCCUCGUGCUCAUGAUGGGGACCUUCUUUGUGGCGUUUUUCCUCAGAAAGUUCCGGAACAGCAGGUUUUUAGGAGGAAAGGCUCGGAGGAUCAUUGGAGACUUUGGGAUCCCCAUCUCCAUCCUGGUCUCAGUGCUCGUGGACUACUCCAUCCCCGACACGUACACUCAGAAGUUAAACGUCCCGUCGGGUUUCUCCGUGACGUCUCCGGAUAAGCGAGGUUGGUUCAUCAGUCCUUUUGGAGACAAACAGCCGUUCCCGACGUGGAUGAUGGGAGCGUCGGUCGUCCCGGCUCUGCUCGUCUUCAUCCUCAUCUUCAUGGAGACGCAGAUCACGUCUCUGAUAGUGAGUAAAAAAGAGCGCCGUUUGGUCAAAGGUUCUGGGUUCCACUUGGACCUCCUCCUGAUCGUGAUCCUCGGCGCCGUGUGUCCUCUGUUCGGUCUCCCGUGGCUCACGGCGGCGACCGUCCGCUCGGUCACUCACGUCAACGCUCUGACCGUCAUGAGCAAAGCCACCGCCCCCGGAGAGAAACCCAUGAUCCAAGAGGUCAAAGAGCAAAGGGUCACCGGGAUGCUCGUGUCUGUGCUCGUGGGUCUGUCCAUCGUGAUGACCGAUGUGCUCCGCCUCAUCCCGUUGUCCGUGCUGUUCGGGAUCUUCCUUUAUAUGGGCGUGACCUCUCUGACCGGGAUCCAGCUGUACGAACGCAUCACGCUCAUGGUGACGCCCGCCAAGCACCAUCCGGAUCAUAUAUACGUCACUAAGGUGCGGACUUGGCGUAUGAACAUGUUUACCAUCAUCCAGCUGGCCUGCAUCGUUGCAUUGUGGGUAGUGAAGUCCACGGUGGCGUCCCUGGCGUUCCCGUUCGUCCUGAUCAUGACGGUUCCUCUGAGGAGAGUCGUUCUGUCCAGAAUCUUCCACGAGCGCGAGCUGCAGGCCCUCGACUGUGAUGAAGACUCCCCCAACUUUGCUGAAGACGGUCGAGAUGAAUACAACGAGAUCCACAUGCUGGUCUAA